AUGGCGGGCGCAGGCGACGAGCGGACGCCGCUGCUGGGCGCGCGGCGGGCGGCGUUCGAGGGCCGGCGCGCGGCGUGCGCGGCCGUGCUGCUGACGGAGCUGCUGGAGCGCGCCGCCUUCUACGGCGUCACGGCCAACCUGGUGCUGUUCCUCAACGGCACGGCGUUCGGCUGGGAGGGCGCGCAGGCCAGCCAGGCGCUGCUGCUCUUCAUGGGCCUCACCUACCUGGUGUCGCCGUUCGGGGGCUGGCUCGCCGACGCGCGACUCGGCCGGGCGCGCGCCAUCCUGCUCAGCCUGGCGCUCUACUUACUCGGCAUGCUGGCCUUCCCGCUGCUGGCCGCGCCUGCCACUCGCACGGCGCUCUGCGGGGCCCCCCGCCCCACGCGCCUCCGCAACUGCUCGGCGCAGCCGUGUGCCGACGCGCCUGACCGCUACUGCGCGCCCGCCGCGCUGUCAGCGCUCGCGCUCGUGGGCCUGGGCGUGGGCGCCGUCAAGGCCAACAUCACGCCCUUCGGCGCCGACCAGGUUAAAGAUCGCGGUCCAGAAGCCACGAGAAGAUUUUUUAAUUGGUUUUAUUGGAGCAUUAAUCUGGGAGCAAUCGUUUCUCUGGGGGGCAUUGCCUACAUUCAGCAGAACGUGAGCUUUGUCACCGGCUACACCAUCCCCGCUGUCUGCAUCGGAGUGGCUUUCGUGGCCUUCCUCUGCGGCCAGACCUUCUUCAUCACCAAGCCGCCCGAUGGCAGCGCCUUCACUGACAUGUUCAGGAUCCUGGUGUAUUCGUGCUGCCCCCAGAAGCAAAUCAGGGAACGCAGUCCUAGUGGUGAAGGCAUUGGAGUCUUUCAGCAAUCUUCUAAACACAGUCUGUUUGAUUCAUGUAAGAUGUCUCAUGGAGGGCCAUUCCCGGAAGAUAAAGUGGAAGAUGUGAAAGCCCUUGUCAAGAUUGUCCCCGUUUUCUUGGCUUUGAUACCUUACUGGACAGUGUAUUUUCAAAUGCAGACGACGUAUGUUUUACAAAGUCUUCAUUUGAAGAUUCCAGAAAUUUCCAGUAUUACAACCAAUCCUCAUACGUUUCCGGCAGCCUGGCUAACCAUGUUCGAUGCUGUGCUCAUCCUUCUGUUAAUUCCCUUGAAAGAUAAACUGGUGGAUCCCAUCUUGAGAAGAAACGGGCUGCUCCCAUCGUCCUUGAAAAGGAUCGCGGUGGGCAUGUUUUUUGUGAUGUGCUCGGCCUUCGCAGCAGGGAUUUUGGAAAGCAAACGGCUGGACCUCGUGAAGGAGAAGACCAUUAACCAGACCAUUGGAAAUGUCGUUUACUAUGCUGCGGAUUUGCCAAUCUGGUGGCAGGUCCCUCAGUACGUGCUGAUUGGCGUCAGUGAAAUAUUUGCGAGCAUCGCAGGCCUGGAAUUCGCGUACUCGGCCGCCCCCAAGUCCAUGCAGAGUGCCAUCAUGGGCUUGUUUUUCUUCUUCUCUGGCGUCGGGUCCUUCGUGGGCUCAGGACUGUUGGCACUGGUGUCCCUCAAGGCCAUCGGGUGGAUGAGCAGCCACACGGACUUCGGUUUAUGUCCGGUAUUGAUGCACGUGGCACACGUGGACAGAUGUUGGACCUGGAUUCUGUUCGUUGUGUUAUUUUCACGAAAGAGAAGUACCUUGUCGUGUGUCCUGGAUCGGCUGCCCUGUCCAGGAGUGCAGGGUGGCCUCUCCUUGUUUUCCCUCCAGUCCCUCUGCCCGGAGCCCCAUGUCCAGUGAGGUGAGAGGACGUGGCAGGUCGGCUCCCGCGUGGUUAGGGGCAGGUGGCUGUCACGGGCGGUGGUUUGGAGAGAGAAUGGGACAGGUGACACCUCCUCCUCGCCGCCCCCACAUCCUUGUUUCUGUAGGAGGAGCAGCAGGUGUGAUCCCAGAUUUCACGGCUUCUCUGUGUCCUGGGCUCUCCCCGGCUCUGCCUUUCGGCAGGUCCUGCCUGCAUUAGGGCUCCGGCGGCAGUGGGGCUGGCUCAACGUUUCCUGACUGACACGUGGGUAACUUGCUGUCAGGUUCCAGGACCACGUCUGAAGGAAGAGUCCCCAGAUUCUCCCCUCGUUGUUUUCUUCUCUCCCUGUCCUGCCCCAGGCCUGCUUGUCCUCGUUAUUAUUAUUAUUUAGACUGGGAAUCACGUCCGUACUGUGAAGGGCACUGGUCUUAAGUGCACAGCCUGGUGUGCAUUUCGUCCAGAUCAAAAUGCAGGACGUGGAAGGGUUCCUUCUGUCCUUUCUGACUUAAGCCCCCAGCCCCCGGCCCCCGGCAAGAUGAACUCUGUUCUGAGGUCGGCCCUGCUGAGUCCUGUGGCCUCUCUCGUCCGUGGCCGUGGCCUUUCACUCAGCACUGCGUUCUCAGAGUCAUCCCAGUGAUCGGUUCUUUGUUAUUGCUGCGGAGUAUCCGUCGUACGAAUAAGUCAGAAUUCAUUUAUCUGUUAUGCUGCGUGUGGGUGUUCGUGGUGUCUCCAGUUUGAGGCUGUCGCAAAUAAAGCAGCUGGGAAUGUUCUUGUGCAUAUGUUUGGGGGACACAUGAAGCUUGUUUAUUGGGGCCCAGGAGUCAGUCUUAUCAAAUAGGAAGCACCCAGAGUUUACCGUGUUUACAUGCGAUUACCUUCUGUCUGUGAAGAGGCCCAAGAAAGUACAGGGUGAUCACUUUUAGGUGGUGGGCCCAGUUCUGCAAACCCUUCCUAACGCCAGGCUGCGACGGGCCCUGGCAGGGAAGACACGGCGCACAGUUUGCUCGGCCUGCCGGCUUUGAGCUUUGGAAGUUGUAAAUGACUUUUAGUUUGGGGAGAUUGAUGUUUCAGAGCUGGCACUGCACACGGCGUGAGUGGUGUUUGGACGACAGCCGCGCUGAGGCGGCAGCAAGCAGCACUGCCGCGCUGGCGUCUGCAAACCAGGGUCCAGGGGGCGGGAUCGCCGUGUCCAGGGUGGAGCCCGCCCGCAACAGGACCAAACCACUGUUUGCAGCUCUGACCACUGUUGAGUAGAUAACACGGUCUGGUAGAAACGCUAGGUGGUACUGGAUCUCUCCCCAGAGCAGCAAACAUAGGAAAUCGCUGUCUUCUACAGCCUGAAGGAGUGAGAAUUCUUUAAAAACGUGUGAGUGCUUAUUAUACAAACGUGCAUUAUAUCUGUUCAUUAGUUCUGUUAAAUAAAAGCAGUGUUAAACGUCCGAUUUUAAUGAGUAUAUGUUCAGAUAGAAAAAGGAAGUUGCAGAAUAACCCAGCUUGACCGAGACCUUCAGAGGAAAGGAGUCUGGCGUUUUAAAUAAGCCAAUGGGAGAUGCUUUUGAAGCCGGUCAGAGAGCACAGCAGCCUGUUUCCUAAGAUGCCAGCGUCCUCCAGAGACGCUGCUGAUGCGCCGCCCCUGUCUGCCCCUCUGUUCGGCAGUGUGCCCGGCCCUUUCCAGUGGGUGACCAGCGGCGUCAGCGGUAGACCGUCCAGGGUUGCGGUGACGCCGUCUUUGUUGGGAGCCGGGGUGGCGUGCUAUGUGCGGCCCCAGUGUCCCCUCCACACAGCCCUGCGUCUCCACGCCGCGUGGCCGCUGCUCAGGGGACAGAUGGCAGCUUUACAGCCCUGGUGGCCCCGGACCUACGUGUGGACUGGGGCUCCUAACGGGGCCCCGUGAAGAGGAGGCGGCCGCGUGGCCCGGGUGCUGUCUCCACAUUUGACAGGCAGGGAACCUGGGCCCAGAGACCAAGACGCUGGCAUUUGAGCCUCCUUGGUGGAGCUCCGCGGUCCAUGCCCUUAACCUCCGCCGCCUCGGCAUUGAUCGGUCACUGAACGGAGCCUCGCACAUAGGACGCCUUGCGUGGUGCUCGGGCCAGAGCCGGCCAUUCAGUGUGUCAGCUCUUAGGGUUAAAGUGGGCGCCUGUGUAUCAGCCUGCAGCCUGAACUUUUUAAGGAGAAACGUGAAAAGCAAGCUUGUGCCUUCCCCUAGCGCGGGGAGUGUGUGUUCAGCCGUCUGUCCCGGCCUGUGACGGUACUUCGUUUGAUGUCAGGUGACGACAUGGGAGUCCGGCACUCACACCUGACGUGCCGUCCAGGCUGCGUCCUGGCCCGACGCGCGGUCUUGGCGCGUGUGCAGACUGUAGACCCAGGCGAGGAGGGCUGUCCGCCGCAGGAUCUGACGUGGAGACAGUGCGGGCCCCUCAUCGUGUGGGGGCAGGAGGCCCCAGCCCGGAGCCCGUGUUGAGACGCAGCUGACUCACAGUGGCUUUGGAAACAAAGCACUUGUGUAUUUUGAAUUAGGGGUAGGAUUCUUUUCUCUCUUCCUUGUUUUUCUUUUUUAAUGACCACAGUUAAAAGUCGCCCUGACCUUCGUAGGAACCAAGUUAAAUAAGUAAAACCUUUUAAACUCUCUCUAAGUGCGGCUUCCGUGCU